AUCAACCGGGGCGCCCUCGUUGCACUUGUCAGUUGCUUUGUUGUGCGUAAAAACGGGCUCCGUCUUUUCCAUUUGGCCUCUACGUGCGUUUUUAUUUACAAAAUUGCGAAACCCACGGGCACACGGAUGACCGACUGCGCGAUCCGGAAUCCGGGUGUCGCACGCUAACACGCGGCCGUAGCACGCAAAAUGCCCAAGCGAAUCGUUGGCGGUAGCAGCAACGGCACCAUCACCACCAGACACGACACACAUCUGUGCUGAAGGAAGGAAGAGGGAACUUGUUCCAAAUCAUAACACGACGCACAUUGCGCUGUGCAGGCCAUCCAACCAGCAACAAGAAGAGAAAAAAGUGCUUGCAACCUUGUGUGUGUGAAAAAUCAAUUCCACCCCUCAUCUACAGGCCGCCCAUCGAUUUUUGGUUCUGCCGGACUGGCCAGCCUCUGUAUACCCAUUACAGCAGCAAGGGAAGGGGAAGGGCCUGUCCACCAAAGUGUGCCACAUUCCCUGUUGCUAUUGCUCCACUGCCAGCAACCCCUGCAGUGCCGCCUUUCUCCACCCCAUCGCCCACACUCCUAUUAUAAAUAACAACACAAACACAGACCUCUGACUGUGUGUGUGUGUGUCGAUAUGGCAGAUAAAAGCCCCAGCGAUGAGACGGUCGUCGGCCCGUCGGAUGUACCGACUACCCCUACCAAGGGGAAGGUGAGCGCGGAGGUACCGUUAAGCCCUACCGGAAGCACCGCCUCGUCCAGCUCGUCCAGCUGGUGGGGCUCGUGGAUUGACACGGCCCGUACAAAGUCUGCAUCAGUGCUGGAAGCGGUAAAAAAUGACUUGACAGAGCUAACGACGGUUGUUAAGACGGAAGCUUCAAGCGCUACCGAAGCGCUGGGCCGUUCACUGCAUCUCGGUGAACCGGACUCAGCCGUCGGUGCGAUGAAGAAAAGCUUCAGCAGCUUCCUCGGCCAGGUGACGGAAGCGCUCGUCCCAUCGCUCGAGGAGGACGAGGAGACGGAAGCGGUACUGAUAACGGCGGACGGCACGCUCACGCUGACCGGGUUCUACAAACAUCUGGCCGAGCUGCAGGCCAACGACGACACCUACCUGGAGGAGCCGGCCGACGAGCUGCGGGAGAAGUACAAGCGCUGGAUGGAGGUGGUCGAGCAGGAGCAGUUUACGGAGCCGCGGCUGGCGAAGCAUCUGGCCAGCAGCACGAUACUGAACGAGAAGUAUGUCGCCCUGGUGCCUGCCAAGAUUGCUCACAUGAACUUCUGGAAACGCUAUCUCUUCAAGAAAGCGCUACUGGAGGAUGCGAUUGCCAACGCAGAGCUGGCCGAACGGAAGGCAAAGGCGGCGGUAAACUCUACGGAAACGUGCGCACCGAACAAAACGAUCGUGCAAACGGACCAGCCAAGACGAACGACGAUCGAGGAAGCAACCGAACCGGAGGAAACACCGUCCUACCCGAUCGCCGACGAUCUCGCGUGGGCCGAGGUGCCCGAGUUUGACGCCACCAACAUCGAGCUGUCCGAGGAGGAGCAGGCCAGGCUGCUCGAGGAGUACGAGCAGGAGAUACGGGAGCGCGAAAAGUCGCUCACGACCAGCGUGGGCAAGCUGGACCUGGUGGACGAAUCGCUGUUGAUACAGUCCGACAUUGAGGGUACGCCGCAGAAAACGCAGAAAGCGCCCACACAGCCCGAAACCAAGGGGAAAGCGACAACGACGACGAUGUCGGCAGCAGCAGCAGCAGCCGGUGGAAAGAGAGACAAGACAACGAAUAACCAAAAACAGCAGCCAAACAAGUCUCAGCAGCAGGGUAAGGCGGCAGGUGCCACCGGAAAGAGUGUAAAUAACAAACAGCAGCAGCAACAGGCAAACGCGGGCAAGAAGGGCGCACAACAGCAGCAACAGCAAACGGCGACCGGUGGCGGCAAGGGCAAGAAGGAUCAGCUCAAGAUGGACAAGAACCACUUCACGAAGGACGCGGAAGCGUCGUCCUCCAACUCGGACGAAAGCUGGGAGAAGGAGUUCGAGCUGGAAUGAGGCGAACCGAUCGAUCUGCGCCGCGAGCUGUCCGAGUGCGCCGAUUGGUCAUCGUUUCGUUACGCUCCCUAGGAUUUUGUUUUUCAUCCUCCUCCCCCGGCUUUUCGACCUCCAACUGCGAUGAACUGGACCUCUGCUCCUCCUUCUCCUCUUCUCGAUUGAAACGAAUGGCGUCCAACACGAUACGCGGUGGGGCUGCUGGUCCCGAAAUUGAUUGGAUUCCGUAUGCGUCUCGACUACGUCGUGCCCCACACGAGGGUGAAUAUAAGGGUUUUGUGCAAAAUUAAGGCAGAACUUGCACGUGUCGGUAGUGUCCUAACGGUUGGGAUGAACGUUUUGGACAGGCGCGAAAAGUGGAAGCGUGCAACGUUUCUGAUAAUGGUUUGAUUUAUUUUACUAGUUUAUAUUGUUAGACUAUUAGUUAAGCGAUCGGCGUACGUCGCAUGUGUGCGUAUAAGGGGAAGCACACAGAAGAAAGGACACGUUCCAGAGGGUAUGAUAGUGUCCAAACUUUCCCUUCCCUUCAACCCUCAUGAUGGGGGAUUGCAGAGUUACUAGAGCGAAUGAAUUGUUUAUUUUUAUAUACUAUUACUACUAUUACUAGACAAAUAUGUGUACUUUGUGUAUCUCCUUUUU